CUCGGUUGCCGUGAAGAAGGGCAGAACACACACACACAGGCGGCAGGAUGUCGAUCGUCAGCAUCGUUGCCAGGGAGAUCUUGGACUCCCGGGGAAACCCCACUGUGGAAGUGGACCUUCGCACAGAGAAAGGUCUGUUCAGGGCUGCGGUGCCCAGCGGAGCAUCCACGGGAAUCUACGAGGCUCUGGAGCUCCGAGAUGGAGACAAGAGCCGCUACAAGGGCAAAGGUGUUUUGAAGGCAGUCGGGCACAUCAACGAUACUCUGGGUCCCGCCCUUAUAGCCUCUGGCAUCAGCGUGGUGGAGCAGGAGCAGUUGGACAACACCAUGAUCGAAAUGGACGGCACAGAAAACAAAUCUCAGUUUGGGGCCAACGCCAUCCUGGGAGUGUCUCUAGCCAUCUGUAAGGCCGGUGCGGCGGAGAAAGACGUCCCCCUGUACCGCCACAUAGCCGACCUGGCAGGAAACACAGAGCUGGUGCUGCCGGUUCCUGCCUUUAAUGUGAUAAAUGGAGGUUCUCAUGCAGGUAACAAACUGGCCAUGCAGGAGUUCAUGGUUCUUCCUGUUGGAGCCGAGUCUUUCAAGGAGGCGUUGAGGAUAGGAUCGGAGCUGUACCACACGCUGAAGGGGGUGAUCCAGGAGAAAUACGGCCAGGAUGCCACCAAUGUGGGGGACGAGGGAGGAUUUGCUCCCAACAUCCUGGAGAACAGUGAGGCUCUGGAUCUGCUGCAGACAGCCAUAGAGAAGGCCGGCUUCACGGACAAGGUGGUGGUCGGGAUGGACGUGGCUGCCUCCGAGUUUUACCGCGAGGGGAAAUACGACCUGGACUUCAAAUCCCCGCCCGAUCCAGAGAGACACAUCUCCGGAGAGGAGCUGGCUGACAUCUACCAGAGCUUCGUCAACAACUACCCAGUGGUGUCCAUCGAAGACCCGUUCGACCAGGACGACUGGGAAGCCUGGUCCCGGCUCACGGCCCAGGUGGGGAUCCAGGUGGUGGGGGACGACCUGACGGUGACCAACCCUAAGAGGAUAGAGAAAGCUGCGGAGGAGCGAGCCUGCAACUGCCUGCUGCUCAAAGUCAACCAGAUCGGCUCCGUCACCGAGGCCAUACAGGCGUGUAAACUGGCUCAGGCGAAUGGUUGGGGCGUGAUGGUCAGCCAUCGCUCAGGAGAGACAGAGGACACCUUCAUCGCUGACCUGGUGGUGGGACUUUGCACUGGACAGAUUAAGACUGGCGCUCCCUGCAGAUCUGAGAGGCUGGCCAAGUACAACCAGCUCAUGAGGAUUGAGGAGGAGUUGGGCGACCAGGCGCGCUUUGCAGGCCAUAACUUCAGGAACCCCAGCGCCCUGUGAACCUGACACACACACACACACACACACACACACACACUGACACACACGACAAACAUGAAACAAGCCAUGCAAAAUGAAAGAUCACACGAAAGAUCACACGAGCAAAAGAGCCAAGCAAAAAAUUUAAAAUAAAAUAAAUGAUGCACUGGGCUUAUAGAGACGAUUGCUGUAUGCGCACACACACACACACACACACACACACACACACACACACACACACACACACACACACACACACACACACACACAGACAGACAAGACAAACAUUAAACGAGCCAUGCAAAAUGGAAGAUCACAUGAAAGAAUACACAAACAAAAGAGCCAAGCAAAAAAUUAAAAAUAAAAUAAAUUAUGCACUGGACUUAUAGAGA